AUGGCCGAGCCUUCCAGCGACGCUCUCCUCUUCGAGGAGCAAUUCGAGAUUACCAACGUCGAUCACAAGAAGUACGACCGAGCAGCACGCAUCACCGCCAGCUCUCUUGACCGCGCCACCAGUCUGGAACUCGACAUCAAUACCGAACUCUUCCCCCUCACUGCUACUGAGAACAUCGAGGUCGCCCUGGCCACGACUCUGAACCUGGACGGCUCAAGGGAUGACGAGAAGACCUGGCGCGACGUUGCGAAGCCCGGAGUGCAGACGCUUGCCGAUGGGUACAACUACGUUUGCUACGGAAAGGUCUACAAAUUUGAGGACGGAAAGGCGGACAAGACUCUGAAGGCUUACGUCUCCUUUGGCGGGCUUCUCAUGGCUUUGGAGGGACCUGACAGCAAACUCACGCCUCUGCGAGUGGACAACGUCUACCUCCUCGUUAGGAAGUAG